CUUGACUUUCAUCUCUACAGCAAUUUGCUUCUGUAACGAUUCAAUUUUACUAUUUCCGGAUGAGUCAUUUGACACUCCAUCUGUUCUGUCAGGAGAGAGUCCAUCAGUGUUUUCAGCUUCAAAGCAAGGGGAAGUAUCAGUCACAAAGAUACAGGCAAAUAAUAAAAACUGAGAAAGAGAGAUUUCCACUGCAGCAGAAAGACCAAAACUAAGUUACAGAGCAGUCAAAUCCCACUAACUUGGUUGCAAAUGAACAAAACAGAGAGGGUUACUGUAGAACAAGGCAUAUAUCUUAGAGGUCAAAUUUCCUACAUAAACUAUAGCUUAGUGUGGCUUGGAAUUGAGGGGAAUUCAUAAAUAAAGAAAGAAAGAAAAAAGAAAAACAGACUAUAGUAAGCCAAACUCGAUGCUAAGGAUGCAGGGGAAAUAUCAUAUGUAUUGUACGAUAACAAGAAGUUUUAGUUUCAUCAAUCAAUUUACCACCACAAAGAGCGCAAAAAGCUGGGUUUGUACAGAUUUUGGGAUGUACAUGUACAAUUUAAGACUUUCUCCAGACUCAAGACUAUCAAAUAAGGAAUAGACAGAAACCUUGACAAAUGCAGCAGCAAAAGCAAAAGCUUUUCCCCUAAUAUACUGCAAACUUACAGUUACCACAGUACAACACGGUCAUAGGAGAGUUAGCUUUAAUUUGCACACUUUUUCCAUGUCUGGAAAACUGAUUUGCAAAUUUCAAUACUUGAAUAAUUUGAGACAGAAUAGCUGAUAUUUUGAGCACCACCAAAAUAGAAAACAAUAAGCUGUUUAUCUUCUCUAAAAGGAAAGUCUGCUGGAAGGGCAUGCUUGCCACUUUUGGCCUUCACAGGGGUUUAUACCCAGUGAAAAAUAUGAAACAAACUUACUGAUCUCUUGGUGCAAUAUUGAACAGACAUUAGUUUGGGAAGUUUUCAGUUUUCCAAAAUAUUUUUUCUUGACCUUUAUAGUAUUUAUUUCAUCACUACUUCUACACAAUUGUAGCUGAGAAAAUUUACUGAGCAAAUGUCCCAUGAUUAACACCAAUUAAAUUUUAUCAUCCAAUAAAGUGCUGAUCAGUUGGUAAAAUAUCAUCUCAUCUUUAUUGUAUGUUAAUCAAGUAAUAUAUUUAUAGUCAGUUUUGUUUUUGUAACUUAUUAUCGUUUUAAACUUUAUACACUGUAACUGAUACUUAUUUCACUGGUUUUCCUCCAGGUUUUAUUUCAUUUAAAACUACAGUACAGGUCCAGUAGUGACUGCUUCUGUUAGAAGUGAUGCAGAGAAAUGCAUUCAGAAAAAAAUGACUUGAAUAUUGACGUUAUAUUGGACUGCACUAACAGGCAUCUAGUUGUCAGUUACACCUGUAAAUGUAAUGGAGUUAGAAGACCAGGUGCAAACAAUUUUAAUCCAAAUUAGUUUAACAAGUUCAAGACGAACAAUACAGGUUAUGUCUAAACUCUUGAUCAAUCAAACCAAAAUUCUUCAUUAAAAUUUUGUUUAACGUACAGUGUACAUCAGCUCCUUUUACUAAAAUAGGUCUUGCGGAAACAUAUGGCUUAGAGUAACAAGGAAAGAUUGAUUGAACAUUUGUUCAGUAUAACUUGUACACAUAUUCUAGCAAAAAGAAUAUAUCAAUAUAAUUCCUGGAUCGAUCACAGUAGGGUAAAAGAACGCAGAGACACACUCGCCACAGGCAGCGAAGUGCAAACAAAGGCUUUUCCUUACAUCAAAAUGUAAACAGUCCGCCGUUGUUGUCACAAACACAGGCAAAGGGAUUUAAAUAUUAGUUGACCUCAAGCAUGGAGGAAGCAGCGUCGGGACUUAGCGAUUCCUCGACAGACAAAAGAAAUCCUUAUAACCCAGCAGCAACUUUUGCUAAUAGUUUAAAAUAUAAGGCGAUAUAAACAUGACAAAUUAGCAGUCCCGGAGGGUGACGAUUUCAAUACUUAAGAAUGUGCGGCGAUACGCACCAUCUAGCAUAUUCGAUUCGCUACCAGGCAAUUAACUCGUGUAUAUAGUUUUGUGUUUUUUUUAACGCUCCGAAACUCACAACUAGUAAAAUUUUAAAAAAAGUCAACUAAUACUCAGUGGACAUCAUGUUUUAGAAAAUGACAAGCUUCAAUUUUAAGUACUCAAGCUAGUAUUAACAAAGAUCAUUCUUGGGAUAGUAAAAAAACAAGUUGUAUACUUUGGUGAACAACGGAUCGUUCGUGACUGAAUGAGUACACUUUUACAAAAGAGGAGUAAAUGCCAAGUGCAGGCAAAGUCAUAGCCAUAAGUGAUUAUGGUAGCCAAGUCCAUAUAAUUAGAAAGAGUUUUAAUUUCACAGCUUGUUCGAUCGCAAUUAAUAGCCUAGAGUUGCCGCACCACAAAAUUAUCGACUAUUAGUGAUGACGAUAAAAACGUUUGACAAUCCAGUUUUAAGCCAGUGACCUUAAACAUUUACUAAAAUGUACUUUGAAAGAUGUAAUUAGUACCGAUGAAUCUAAUCACAUAUACAGUGUCAACGGUACACUAAAAAAGUGAAUAUUUUCGACUCGAAAAUCGACAGGCCGCUCAUUACCUGGGAAUAAACUAUAUAAUCGACUUGCACUUUUAUCUUCAGUUAUCACAAAUGACAAACAAUAUAGACUUACAAGGCAUAUCCUCUGACACUUGAGCAUUAAGGGACCUAUCGUUUAUUACGUCCCGGGGUGGGGGGGCGGGGGUUUUCAGAGAAGUGUGGUGUAUGAAAACUGUAUCCCCCUGAAAUAAUUUCAUAUAAAAUUGUACCCCCCCCCCUUGGCGACAAGAAUUUUUAAAAUGCACCUCCCCCCCCCCACCUCCACCUUUCCUAGACCAAGGGUGCUUACCAUUUGACAGAAAAUUUCGGAAAUUCCGGAUGGAAGGUAAAUGGUAAGGUCACUUUUCGGAAAUUCCAACCGAAAAUUGAGGAGUACGUUUUGAGGUAGUCCGAAGGGAAACGAUUUUAGAUCUUCACUCCAGUGUCUUGAUAAUAAUGAAAUUUUGUUAUUGCUGGAGUCUAUUCUGCAGAGGUCAAAGCAGGGGAUGCAGACGAAUUGUACAGUUCGAGGUCUGAGAGCAGUGCAAGAACAUUUGAUGCAUGGAUAUGGAUACUUACAUCUGGAAGAAGCCUACAAUCUAUAUUCUUCAUUCAGUGAAUUUCCUGUCCAAAUAAACAAGCUUUCAGAGAUAAAUUGCUUGAUCCUCAUCACGGUUUGCCUGUCUACAAAGAGUCGUCAGCGCGACUUUUUGGUUUAGUAAUGAAGGAAAAGUGUUUUUUUUGUUUCAGUUCUGAUAUGUUUAACAACUACAACAUAUAAUGUCAAUCCUGUGUCUUAAAAUUUCGACCCUCCUCACUCACACUUUGUACAUUUUCAAAACUGACGCCCCAAAAUCAACCCUUUUCAAAAAUUGUACCCCCCUCCUGGGACGUAAUAAACGAUCGGUCCCUAAGGUCUUGAAGUUCAUCAUACAGAUCUUGAAGUUUUGCAGUUGCCUCUUUUAAAAUCGUGUUACACUGUGCCAGAGUUUUCUUGUCAGUUGCUACUUUCUUCAGGUUUUCCGCGCCCUCUUUUACUUUAAGCUGUUUGCGAAUUUCAAUUUUUAUUGCCUCCUUGGACUGUUCGAGGUCUGUCUUUAAAAGAGUUUCAGAGCCAGCUCGUUGCAUUUUAGAGUGGAGGUCAUCGUUCCGACUUGAUCGUCUUGCUCUACUUCCAUCGUACUGCAAAGUAUAAAUUUAGCAUCACUUAGCUAACACUGAACAUUAAAGAUAUAGGAUGAGCAUUGCUUAGUUUUGUCGACAUGUACUACGAUCUUACCAUUGUGAGUCCUCCCUGUUGCAUUCUACGCCGAUGGAGUAGAACAAGUGCCGGUUAAUCCGUAACAGUUCUCAGCAAAGUUUUUGAACUCAACCAUGACCGGCCAUAGCCUAGUCGGAAACAGCCAAAGUAAACAAAGAUACAACGGCUUGAGGAGCAAAUUAUGGUCCAGAAAAACUCGUUAGGUUAACAUCCGACACUACUUAUUGUAGGGAAUACUUUUUACGGUCCUAAUAAGCUAAGGAAUACAGAAAAACGAGCAAACAUAGGAAAGAACCUUUCCAAGUCCCACGAAAGAUAGCCGAUGACAACCGAAGAAGCUUGUUCACGACGGGCGAUUGGGCCGCUGGGAAGGCGAACUUUGAGCACGUGACUGGAGUUGCAUUACAGAAAUAUUUGGCGAAUUUCGCGGUAUUUACACCUAAUUGCAAAAACGUUGUCAUAGAAAAAAUGAAAAAAGGAAAAAGCCAAAUAGGAAUUAAUCAGGCUAAUGAGCCUUAUGAAUUCGUUUGCAGCAUCCGCACAUAGACGUCGAAUUUGUCUGUUGGAAUUUUCUAUUGUUUUAAAGCUGGAAAACAAUAAAAAAAAUUCCAGCGGGGAAAUGCAACGCCUGCAAAUAAAUCCGCCCUGAAAAUGUGGUUUGAUUAGCCUCAUUAAUUCCUAUUUGGCUUUUUCCUUUUUUCACUUUUAGGACAACGUUACUGCAAUUAGGUGUAUGUGAUGUUUCAUUACUUUUAUUGUAUCCUGCCCAAAAUGUCGGCACAAAUGAAUUAACUAGAGCUGUUUCCUACACAUCUUAUUGAACAAAAUAGGAUUUGUCAGGGAUAUUUAAUUUAAACGGGGACAAGAGCCAACAAUGAGCACAUUGACCGCUGUCCAAAAGGCGCCAAAAUUGAGUUCGAUCGUCUGGAAAAUAGCUUGCUCUGCAAAUUCAUUUUCAUCAGCGCUCCGCCCAGCGCUCCUACUUAUAUAUUUGGUACUCUAAAACAUAUCUCCAAGGCUAUACAGGGAGUUAUUACCUUUUCUUAGAGUGAUUUAAACUUGAAAAUGUGUGGGCGAACGGCUUGGUAUGACACAUCACCGAAAAUAGCAACUGGAAAUCCCAACAUGUAAACUUUAAAAAGGGUUUUUGUUUCAUCAACAAUUAUUUGUCUUUGUUGUUAUUCAGUACGCUAGCGCCCGAUGAAAUCCCCAAGGCAUGCAGAUACAAAGGAAAGGACGGAAAGACACAAGAACCACAAUGGAGGGAUGGUGGAAGUGGAGCAAAAUAUUAUCCUUCACAUAACAUUAUUCCGCAAUCUUUUACGUGAGUUUGUAUGUACAGUCGUCAGUGUGUAUUUUGCGUUUCAUUUGUGGAUUGUGUGCGUUGUUUGAUGGUUCAGAAAUGUCAGGAAUGUUUGCAGUCAAGAGGAAAUUUGUGGUGUGACAUGGCGAAAAAAAAUGGAACAUGGAAGUUCCCUCAAUUUCCUUGCUCUCAAUAAAUGUUUAAGCGUAAUACAUCCCCCGCGAUAUCUGUCUCUCUCAAGUUUUUCCUGAACUCAUACGUGACUGCUUCGUUGUACCCUUCUCUCGUCUGUCAAACAAUACGUGAUUUCUCAUUUCAAGUCUCAGGUCAAACGAUAUAAAUGUGCAUACAAUUUUCUGCUUACCUUCAUGUUUAUUUUAUCUGUUAAUUAUUUGAUCGACGAGGCCGUCCAGUCCCAUGAAAGAUUAGUUAUUGAAAGCAGAAACUGAACUUUUAUAACUAGCUUCCGGGGAUGGUAUGUACGUGUGUCCCUGACGCCCUUAAUCUCUGACCGUUUAAAGACAUCUUGCCAUUUUGUCACCCUCUUUAAGACUGAUCUCAUUUUGCAUGUUUGAAAAAACAAAUGUCGGUACCUCACAUAUGGACGGCACACGAUCAAUGUUCACACCUUGUUCAAGGCUUCCCGUGAAGAAAGACACUCUGUUGAAGGCACUGAAUAGUGAAUUCAGCGUGCAAAGAAAGUCAUGUCCGAUAGCCCGGGACUAGUGGAUUUUUCUAUCGGGCUAGUGAUUUUUGUUCUUAACUUGCCCAACAGGCAAGUUCUGUGUUUUGGGGAAAUUCAAAUUACAGAAGGAUUGUAAUCAAUCCUCCUAAUCAAAAAGGGUUUUGGGGCUAGUUGGAAUGACUUGUGGGCUAGUAGAUGCUAGCUACGGCUUGUCCCAAUGGCAGGCUGUAAAACUGACUUUCUUUUCAUGCUGGAAAUUGUAUUAGGCCUGUUUCAAACGUCGUGCUACUGCCGUGCUAAGCUGGCUCGACUGUAACUCGACUGCAGCACGACACUAGCACGACUUGGUCUCAGACAUCGAAUUUAAUUCACACAAUGACAGUCGAAUGGAACGGCUGUUGCCAAGGCUUGCCGUGCUACACGGCAGUAGCAUGACUUGUUUUCAAACGUCGCGCUACUGCCGUGCUAAAGUCAAUUUAAUUUGAUUAAUUGAGUUCGGCACGGCAGUAGCACGACGUUUGAAACAGGCCUUAUGUGUUUGGAGUCAAGAGGUAAAAAAUAAUUUUUAUACCCUGUUGGACAGCACAUACUUUGGUAGGCAAACUCCCCUAGGCCUCUGCUUGCUGGGGAUGAUAAUAAAACUGUUCCAAAACUGAAGCCAAAAAGUGCCAUUAGAAAUUAUCAAAAGUAAUGGAAAAAAAUUUUAAAAAGUAAAAAUACAAUUACAUUUUUAAAUUUCUUUUCUUAAUCAUUAUUCGUAUAUGCAUGUUCUUUUUAGUCCAGUACUCUUAUCCAGCCAACAUUUCUAUGAUGUGGCCUCAGAGGCUGUGCCUAAAAGAGUC